CUGGAAUUCCUAGUUUUAUACAAUUUUUUAAAGUAGACAGAUUUUUAUAAGGUAAUAGCGUGAUAACAACCGAACGAUUGCGGACAUUGUUUCAAGGAAGUUGGCAAAAGUUGUUUACUCCGACAUUUUGAGCACUCUUCUUGGGUUUUUUGUGGUGCGGUAUCUGCAGCAAAACCUUUUUUGGCGGAUUUUAAUCGAUUAUUUCGGUAUUUUCUCGGAUUUAAAUUGUUUAAUCCACAAUUGCCGACAUGUCGAAACGACGUAUAGAAGUAAUGGAUCCCUUUAUAAAGAAGAAAAGGGAAGAACGAGGCAUAAGCACUGCCGUUACUACAAUGCCAGCCGGUUCGAUGAAUCCUUACACCGGAUUACCUUACACACAAAAGUAUCACGAACUAUUUCGGAAAAGGAUAGGACUUCCAGUUUUUGAAUACAGAGCAGAUUUCAUGAGGUUGCUGGAUGAACACCAGUGUAUAGUACUGGUAGGUGAGACAGGGUCUGGUAAAACCACCCAAAUUCCACAAUGGUGUGUAGAAUACUCGAGGACUGUUGGAACAAAAGGUGUAUGUUGCACCCAACCAAGAAGGGUGGCUGCUAUGUCAGUAGCACAGAGAGUGUCUGAAGAAAUGGACGUUGCUUUGGGACAGGAAGUUGGUUACAGUAUUCGUUUCGAAGAUUGUUCAUCAGCUAAAACUAUAUUAAAAUAUAUGACAGACGGUAUGUUAUUGAGAGAAGGCAUGAGUGAUCCUAUGUUGGAAGCUUACCAGUGUAUUUUACUUGACGAGGCUCAUGAAAGGACUUUGGCUACAGAUAUUUUGAUGGGAGUACUCAAAGAAGUUAUCAAACAGAGAAAAGACUUAAAGUUGGUAAUCAUGAGUGCCACUUUAGAUGCUGGGAAGUUCCAACAAUAUUUUGACAAUGCACCCCUUAUGAACGUACCUGGUAGAACUCACCCUGUAGAAAUAUUUUACACUCCUGAACCUGAAAGAGAUUAUCUGGAAGCUGCAAUAAGAACCGUGAUUCAGAUACACAUGUGUGAAGAAAUAGCAGGAGACGUUUUACUUUUCCUCACUGGUCAAGAAGAAAUUGAGGUCGCCUGUAAACGAAUAAAGAGGGAGAUAGACAAUUUAGGCCCUGAAGUUGGGGAACUCAAAUGUAUUCCAUUAUAUUCCACCCUGCCUCCGAAUCUCCAACAAAGAAUUUUCGAAGAUCCCCCACCUAACAAACCAAACGGCGCUAUCGGUAGAAAAGUAGUAGUCUCUACAAAUAUUGCAGAAACCUCUCUUACUAUUGAUGGAGUAGUUUUCGUCAUUGACCCCGGAUUCGCCAAACAGAAGGUGUACAAUCCGAGAAUAAGAGUCGAAUCUUUAUUGGUGUCUCCCAUUAGUAAAGCUUCUGCACAACAGAGGGCCGGUCGUGCCGGAAGAACGAAACCUGGAAAAUGUUUCAGGUUGUAUACGGAAAAGGCGUUCAAAAACGAAAUGCAGGAUAACACUUAUCCUGAAAUUUUAAGGUCCAACUUGGGAUCUGUCGUGCUCCAACUAAAGAAGCUUGGUAUCGACGAUUUAGUUCAUUUCGAUUUCAUGGAUCCGCCCGCGCCCGAAACGCUCAUGAGAGCCCUGGAACUGCUCAACUAUUUAGCGGCCUUGGACGACGACGGCAACCUGACCGAUUUGGGUGCCGUCAUGGCGGAGUUUCCUUUGGAUCCACAACUGGCCAAGAUGCUGAUCGCCAGCUGCAAUCACAAUUGCUCCAAUGAGAUACUGUCCGUUACGGCAAUGCUGUCAGUCCCGCAGUGUUUCGUCCGUCCAAACGAGGCCAAGAAAGCCGCCGACGAUGCCAAGAUGCGCUUCGCACACAUCGACGGGGACCACCUCACGCUGCUCAACGUCUACCACGCUUUCAAACAGAGUAUGGAAGAUCCGCAAUGGUGCUACGACAAUUUCGUCAAUUAUCGUUCCUUAAAAUCCGCUGACAACGUGCGGCAACAACUGUCAAGGAUCAUGGACAGAUUCAACUUGAAAAGGACGUCCACAGACUUCACUAGCAAAGAUUAUUACAUCAACAUUAGGAAAGCGCUUGUCAACGGAUUUUUCAUGCAGGUUGCACAUUUGGAAAGGACCGGACACUACCUUACAAUUAAAGACAACCAAAUAGUCCAACUACAUCCAUCCACGUGCCUCGAUCACAAGCCAGAAUGGGUAAUCUACAAUGAAUUCGUAUUGACGACCAAAAAUUACAUUAGGACAGUAACAGACAUUAAACCCGAUUGGUUGUUGAAAAUAGCGCCGCAGUAUUACGAUCUCAACAAUUUCCCACAGUGCGAGGCGAAGCGACAGUUAGAAAUUCUCCAGAACAGGUUAGAAUCGAAACAAUUCCAACAGGGAUUCUAGGAUUUGUUAGAAUGAAGUUUUUUAUAUUUUAAUUUACUAUUAAUUGACAUUUAUUAUGCAGUGUUUGGCAAAUUAUUUAUAAUAUUGACACCCUUAUGUAUUAAUAAUUAUUUCAUUCCAUAAUAAAUAGUUGAGCUACAG